AUGCCUAUAUACACAAACCAGGUUUGUCAUGUGUAUUCUGGAAAAUCGACACUUUCAGGAAGGUUGCUUCUGUUUUUUCUCAAUCCUCUCGAUCAGGGUAUCGGAAUGAGGGGACCAUUCAGGAAGGCUGCUUCUGUUUUUCUCAUCAAAUCCUAUUUGCUAUGUACGAUAAUCAUGAGGGGACCAUUCAGUUACGAUAAUCUUUUGCUAUCUCGAUUUCUUUUUGCGUUUCUGCAGACAAAGAUGGGUGAAGACUUAUCUGGAAGAGACGGAAUGAGGAUUAGCAAAGCAGAUGAUACAUUAUACUAUUACAACAAAUGUUUGGAGUCUGAGGAAAUCAUUUGUUUGCAUAAGAGAAUGACAAUUGAAGCUGUGGAUGGCCUGCAAAAGGCACAGAAAGUCUCGGAUUAUUCAAAGCUGUCUGCAGAGGGAACUAUCACUGAAUGCAUCAACCAUUGCUUGAUUCAGGUACAUUUAAAUGCUAAUAGUGAUCAUAAAGAAGAGACUUGUAUUGGAUGUUUUAUUCAUUCCGAUCAGAAUUGGUUGAAGCCUCUUCUUGGAUGUGAUGAACUGUGGCCCCGACAACAUGGGAUUGGAUAUAUGCUUAUGAACAUCUUUUGGGGGCUUGGAACCGGUGGCUUCACAAUGCCAAACAAUUCAAAUGAAUUGUAUGCUACACAGCUGGCACAGCUACAAGAAAUGGGAUUCUUUGACACACGUGAGAAUCGUCAAGCACUGACAGCCACUGCAGUGUAUGAUUUAUAUGGGUGUUUUUCCCUAGAGGAAGAAGAGCAAUGUAUUUGCAAACUUGCAGUUUUUAAGGUGCCUUCUAUUUUUGAAGAUACACAUCUUGGUGGUUAA